UAUCCUGGGGGUUUUCCCCAAGGGAAUUGAGCGACAGUUAGAAAUGAAGCGCCUUCUAAUCCUUCUUCUAUGGCAAACCCACUGGUACAGUACCAGACUCUGGAUCCACGCGAGAAGUGUCCCGAGGUCGAGCGGCCACGUUGGCUUGCUGGCCAACUUCACCGUGGACACGGAUCGUCGUGUGGAACUGCUGCGUCGCUUAAAUCCUAACCUGGUCACUCUGUCCUGUCGGAAUCAGUCCACUCUAACGGUCCUGGCCGAGGCUGACUUUUGGGUCACCCACGACCCUGCAUCCGAGUCAGCCGUUCCUGUAGAACUCACCGCUACACUCGAGUCGGCCGCCGUUCCUUACCACUACCCCAGCCUUCUGGCUGAAAUCGCCUUUAGGAUGCAGCCAGACAUAGAGGGGUAUUUCUUCUGCGGCGAUCUCCAGUCCAUGAUCCGCAGUGAAAACAGUGCCAUUUUACUUGCCUAUCCUGCUCCUCAUGAUAACUACGUGGACUGCUACCCAGCAAAUGUUAACCAGUCCAUCGUUCUCAACUGCCCAUUUCAGAGAGGGCUGCUCGAGCAGUUCUACACCUUUGUUUGGAUCCGCCAUGACUUUAUGCUAGUGUUUGACAGUUCCACAGACUACCUCAGAGAAGGAUUCACGGCGAACUCCAGUGAUUUCUCACUCACUAUACCAGAAGUAUCUUAUUCCCACCGAGGCAGGUAUACAUGCUGGCUGCAAGUGCACAACCCUGGAAGUAACACGUUCAUCAGUCCUGCAAUUUCACUUCGUCUUGAAAUCGAGAGAGGGAAUUCCACACCCGAGGUGUGUCCUCAGCCAGUUGCUCAAACUACAGUCUUUUUCCGUACUAGUACUGGUACCUUUGUUACUCCGUCUGUCACUGUCAGCCCCAUGAAAACUGAAAAUAACUCUAGAACGGUGAAAAUUUCAAACAAAAGAGUUACCUUCUAUUUUCCAAAGGUUGCUAUUAUUUUCGUAACACUCUUGGGUGGUGUGAUUAUUGUAGCCUUGGUUUCCUGUGUACCCUACGGCCUAUAUCAUAGGCGGAGAAAAAGAACUGUCAAAUGGAAACCAAAUGAUCGUUCGAACCACAGAGCUAAUGGUAACUCUUUUGAACGACCUACACCUUCCGGGGCAGAUCUUCAAGCGAACAACUCAAUCAACGAAAGCAACUCGUCCUCCAAAACUAGCGACUCACCAUCCAUAGCUCCGUCUCCAAAUGUCUCAUCCUAUGCCUCAUUGACCGGAAGCAGUGGCAGUGGCCCUCUACGUGAGGUAUGCAUUGCCGAGGUACACGAUGUCAGUGGAUCGUCUACCGUUAGCUCUUCAUCUGAGCAUGGUAUGCUGGAACGUGCACCAAGUAGUACCAUCAUAGCCCAGUCAACCAUCCCCAGUACAGGGAUUGUCACUAGCAGCUCCAUUGGAACUCUCGUACCAAACACACAUGAGCCUGAAUCGAUUCAAGAACAAAGUGAAAACCCUCAACCGGAGCAAGAAUGCACUUCUACACAUACUCCUAACCACACACUGGAAGUAUCCUCCCUACGCAAUAGUAGCAGGAUUGCCCCAGCCGAUCUGCCCAUCAAAACCCCACUACUCCACAGCAGCAGCAGACCUUCCACACCAAAGAGAUACAGUGGACCCUCGAGCAGUGUGACGUCUGCCUUUCACUCUGGACUAACUAUGAACCCAUUGUCUCCUGGGAGCUAUAGAACUUACGGUAGAAGUAACCCAGGCCAGAGCGCUGAUACAAUGGUACUCCUGCAACCCACAGAAGACUACCAAGACGACUCUAACAACUUCGUCUUUCUGGGGUCAACGCAAGUCCUCGUUUGUGAUUCGCAGGGUGGAAAAUACGAAGUUUCGGAGCAAGGGAUAUCAGUCCGGAUACCGCCCAAUGCACUGGAUACGGAGGCACAUAUUGAGGUUGGUGUUGCCAUCCACGGCUCCUUCAAGUUCCCCGCCAGCCGACAGCCUAUAUCAGCCAUAGUGUGGCUAGUAGUUCGUGGAAAUUCCGAUUUCGUGUUCAGGAAACCAGUCGAGAUUCAACUCCCUCACUUCCUGGACCUCUCCAACUCGGACAUUGACGAGAAGGGAGACGAAUUUGGACUGGGGUUCAUUACCACAAAUGAAGAAACAGACAGGCGCCAACAGCUCAUCUUCACGGAAGGCCCGUCGGAGAACGUAGUCUACUUACAGAGAUCUGCGAAAGUCAUCAUGGACCGCUUCUGCUUCGUGUGCCUCUCUGCAAAAGAGUCGGUCAUUUCCGAGAGAAGUAAGUACCUUCUCACCCAAGUCUUCCACAAUCCGACCAAGGCACUGCAGUGGGAUUUUCAUCUUUGUGUCUCGUAUAACCUGGAUUCAUUUGCAAAGAUGAUUAGGGACCAGUACUCGAAGCAGAAUCCAAUGAUAAAGUUUAAAGGAACACCUUUUAAGUUCGCACCAUCUACUACCAAGGGUGCAGAGCUGCUGAGGAUCAGAGUCAAUUAUGAAACGACUGCGAAAGGCUGGGUAAUUGCAUUUCAGAAUAGUCAGAAGGUAAAGAAGUCGGCAAUACACGAAAUAUGGGAAAACGAUGUCAGUGACCUGGAGGCAAAGUUGAAACUAAAAGCAUACCCACCUAGGAUAAGUGCCACUGUUUCUGGAGAUGCAGCGUUCGAUAAUGUCAAGGCACUGGUCUCUUUUGAAGGGGCAUUUGACCAAGAAAGCCUGGUGGGAGAAGUUCCCUUUGUACUUCCAAAGCAGUAUGUUGAUGAAAACAAGGAGAGGUUAAAUUUCCUGCGCAGUCAAUCUCUACCUACCCCAGAUUCUACGACAGGCAUGGAACUAGUUGCCUUCAAUAAAUCUUUGUCCGGACCUCCAAACGUCGCCGAACAACCUUCGGCAAUACCCGACCAGCCGAACAACCUAGAGCUGGUCGAGGUGAUGAAGAUGAUCCUGGCUAAGUUUACAAGCUGGCCAAUCCUCAUCCAAGCUCUUGGAAUACCAGAGCACAGGGGCCAAGAGAUACUCCAGGUGACCUUGUUUUACACAUACUUCUAAGCCCAAGAGUAUAAUUAUAGCUAUAUACUUUGCAUUUACUGCAGGAAACGCAGGGAGUAAAGACACAGAUACUUAAAAUUCUGAACACGUGGGUGGAAAUGCACACGUCCGACAGAACUUGCACACGAACCAAUCUAGCCACUGUUCUCAGAAAAGUCGAUGACAGUCUUAUACCAGCCGCGAGACUAUUAGAGAAAAUUACCUAUGGUAUUGAAUCAUAGAAUUUUUUUUAUUGUGGUGGC